AUGCCUCCCAACAGCAAUGCGAUACCUCCCCGUAAGGAGGCAACAGGCCAACCGGCUCUGCCAUUGGCUCGCGUGAAGAAGAUCAUUGGCACAGACCCAGACAUUGGCAUCUGCUCAAACAACGCAGCCUUUGUCAUCACCCUGGCGACUGAAAUGUUCAUCCAACACCUUGCCGCCGAGGGCCACAACAUGGCCAAGGCCGAGCGCAAACCCCGCCGCAACGUCCAGUACAAGGACCUGGCAACCGCCGUGAACCACCACGACAACCUCGAGUUCCUCGAAGACGUCAUCCCCAAGACCGUCCCCUACAAGCAGAUCAAGGACCAGGCCGCCGCCGCCCGCGCUCAGCCCAGGAAAGCCGACCAGGAGCCCAAGAAGCGGCAGUCAACUCUCAAGACCAGCACUGCCAACGGCGUCAACGGCUCCGCUGCCGCCGAUCCCCUGGCGGCAGCACUCCACUCAGACGACCCAAGCGCUCAGCUCGAAGCCGAGUCCCGCGCCGCUGCCGCUGCCGCUGCCGCUGCCGCCCGUGGCGAUGAAGACGUCGACAUGACGGGCUGA